ACUGAUGUCAGCGGAGAAAUGUUCUCAGUUAUUGAACAAGCUGUCAGUAACUCCUCCUCCCCCUGUAAAGCUGAGAGUCCUGCCUGGUGACGUGGCUUUGUGCGUUGUGUGUUGGUGUGAGGCCAGAGAGUGUGUGUGUGUGUGAGAAACAGAGAGAGAGUGUUGUUAGGAAGAGAAAGGCCUUGAAUUGAUGAGGGUACGAUGUAGUGAGCAGGACGGCUGCUAUCAGAGCCCAGGCUUCUGCCAGAAGGAGGUUGAAGUAUGAUGCUUAUCGCACGGACCUUGAGGAGUUGAACCUGGGACCCCGUGAUUCACUGACCCUGCCGAAGAUUGACCUGGCACAGCAGCUGUUUCUGGUGUGCUCUCUUGUUUCAUUCACUGAAGGAUUCACAGCCAUUUUCAUCCAGAGUGGAUGAGCCAUCUCGACCUCCACUAGAGCUCCCCAGCAUCAUAGAUGUUCAGCCAUUGAUCAACCAUCUUCAGCUGCUUCAUCAAUGACCUUCCCUCCAUCAUAAGGAGAUCUGAACAAUGACAGACGGGAUCAUGGGAAAGGCCGCCACAAUGGAAAUUGCCAUAAACAGCAAUGGUGACACAGCCGGUUUACCAGAAGAUGAUGGUUUAGAGCAGGACCUUCAGCAGGUGAUGGUGUCAGGCCCAAAUCUGAAUGAGACCAGUAUUGUCUCUGGGGGUUAUGGGGGAACGGCAGAAGCGAUAAUCGCAACAGGUACAAUCAAAGGGUGUAGUAACCUUCACCAGUCGCAGAGUGGUCCGAUGACCGGCAGUGAGGAGUCAUCCCGGGGGAUCGCUGGUGAGAAGUUUGACAUUGUGAAAAAGUGGGGAAUCAACACCUACAAGUGUACAAAGCAGUUGAUCUCGGAGAGGUUUGGUCGAGGCUCUCGGACAGUGGACCUGGAACUUGAAGCACAGAUCGAGCUCUUACGUGACACAAAGAGGAAAUACGAGAAUGUGCUGCGGCUCGCCCGAGCGCUCACAAACCAUUUCUACAACCUGGUGCAGACACAGCGGGCCCUGGGCGAGUCUUUCUCUGAUCUCAGUCAGAAAUCCCCCGAACUCCAGGAGGAGUUUGGACAUAACGCUGAUACUCAAAAGCUGCUGUGUAAGAAUGGGGAGACAUUGCUUGGAGCCAUCAACUUCUUUGUAUCGAGCAUCAACACUUUGGUCAACAAGACAAUGGAAGAUACGCUGCUCACUGUCAAACUGUUUGAGAAUGCCAGAUUGGAGUAUGAUGCUUAUCGCACGGACCUUGAGGAGUUGAACCUGGGACCCCGUGAUUCACUGACCCUGUCGAAGAUUGACCUGGCACAGCAGCUGUUUCUGGUGCAUAAGGAGAAGUACGAGAGAUUACGCAGUGAUGUCACCAUCAAGCUAAAAUUCCUGGAGGAGAAUAAGGUGAAAGUGAUGCACAAACAGCUGCUGCUGUUCCACAAUGCCAUCUCGGCCUACUUCGCUGGGAACCAGCAACAAUUGGAGCAAACCCUCAAACAAUUCAAUGUAAAGAUGAAGGUGUCGAGCUCUGAGAAACCAUCGUGGCUGGAGGAACAGUGACAACAAAACCAGUUUGGAGCAGGACCUGAGGGAAGCAGAGCCAGGCAAUGAGGAAGCUGCAUUAAAUACAAAAAAAACUCAAAAAUUUACCAUUUGAUUCCAUGUGUUUGAAACAAACUCUCAGACAUGUUAGAAUUUUAGGGGAAAUUUCCUGGUUGCUUCAACUCAAAUCAUUUCCAGAUUUCUUGGCUUUGUAAUCUUACACUAAAGCAAACACUAAGGUACGAUGGGACUCUGUCAGAGCUUCAAGUGCGCUCCUCGUUUGUAAAUAUUCAGUCUCGGGACCACAGAGGCUUUGCAGAUUCCUGGAGGUCUGUGGGUGUGGUGAUACCUGGAAGUUUGGAACGUGAGUCACCAUCCCAAAACAUCCUGGUUCCCCAAAGUCUUUGGGCUCUGGUCCUGGGGGUGCUGAGAUUUGUGGGGAACAAGUUAUUUAAAGGGGACCUUGAUUUAUUUAGUUGCUUAAUUCUGAAGGGGGUGGGUGUGGGGGGAAAUGAACUUUCCAGACACAUGGAGCUGCUAGUUGGUGAGGCCAUUGUUCGGGCUCCUCCAUCAAGACCAGCUCCCACCCCCUCCCUCCGUCCCACCCCCAGUGGGGUGAGCAUCUUACCGGGAGCACCAUAGUUCAAGGUUGUCCCAUGAAUGGGGAAUUUCCCAAACCUAGAGUAUUUAUUGAAGCUCAGUGGAGGAGAGGGGGUUUGGCUGUUAGAUGGAAUCACUUCAACCAUCCACAAGUGUUGUCACUUUGAGGGGAGUCCCCAAGUAUUGGAAAUGUUUGCAGAGUGAGAAUUCUGUGGUGUAUUAAAAAAAAGUCUUUAACUCUGCAUUUUCUGUAUGUACUGUUUGUGAUGUUUAAAUUUAUUACAAUGAAAGAAACAAAUCAGAUAAACAGCAAAAACCAGGUACACUGGGGAAUUCUGGAAAUAAAAGAGCUGUCAGGAUUGGGAGAGAUGGGGAUACAAUUGGACAGCAACAUUCCUGAGACCCAUUGCUCCCUGAGACCGCUCCUGCCACUUCCCUCUUCCCUUCCCCCCCCCCCCCCCCCCCAUCUCCCUCCACACUCAACCUGCUGUUUCUGCUGUUUCUAGACCCUUCAGUUUAUAAUCUUAAAGUAUACAACUGGUGAUUUUAUAAAAUAAAUUCCCUUCCAUCUCCA